GCCCUAGAUUGAGUUCUUAUGUCAGAUGGUUCCAAUUUGUAUCAUUAGUUCUGGGAAACGGCAGACUUAGAGAGUUUUUCAUUUCAUAGUAAUUUUAUUGAGGGUUGAUCUGGAGUUAUGAUUACGAGCUUCAGAUAAUGAACUGUGGAAAUUACCUUUAUUUUCUACUUAUCAUCUCAUUAUGCCAUACUGUAAUGAAUCACUCACACUGUCGCCAGAACUCCUGUGAAACACCUGCAGUGGAGUAUGUUGUUCGAGUCGAUGGAACAUUUUCAGAUGCUAAGGCGGUCGCUCGACUUCAUGACUUGGAGCUAGUUGAUGAAAUGAUUGGCUUUAAAGGAAUGUACAUAAUGCACUCUAAAGCUAGCGGAUUGAAAAGGCGCAAAAGACGGUCUGUGGUCUCCAUAGAUGGCCCAGGGGUCAAAUGGUUUGCCAAACAAGAAUUUCUUAAACGUACUAAGCGCUCCAAUGGGCCGGCCGUAUUCUGGAACGAUCCGCUAUAUCCCGAUAUGUGGUACUUGAACAGAGCUAGUAGAGGUAAAGGUUACGACAUGAAUGUAUUAGAAGCAUGGGAGUUGGGCUAUACUGGUAAAGGUAUCAAAAUCACUAUCAUGGACGAUGGAAUAGAUUAUACACAUCCGGAUCUGCUAGUAACUUAUGAUCCUAAAGCCAGUACGGACAUCAAUGGUCGUGAUAAUGAUCCUAUGCCAAAUAUACGGAAUCGUGAUAACAAGUAG